AUGAGGUCCAUGCUUGCAGCCAUGAUCUUUCUUGCGGUCGCACAGGCAUCCGGUGUGAUGGAUAAUGUGCUUGUGGAGAAUGAUGACUGCCCGGGCUGCGACCCUGAGGGACUGUCUCUACUACAGCUGAAGAACAGCAGGCAAGUGGAGGACGGCACUUCGGUUGCAGAGCGGAACAAGAUUGAAACGAACCACACCGUUGAGGCCUCGGGCGACUCAAGCCUAAGCUGUCGUUUCAACUGGAAGAGCAAAGGCUUUACAAUCGGAUCUUGCCACCUUUGGUGCGGAGGAGCUGCGUGGUGCUACAACGACGGGGGCUGCAAUUGUGGCAGGCAGUGUAGUUGGUUGAGCAUCAACGGGUACACCUGCCACUACUGA